UAAUUUAAUAGUCGGCUGGAUUUAGAACUUGUAUAACAUUUAAGAUUCGAAUUUCUCUGUAUUAUAUAAUUAUUAGCUCCGUGCAACGAUCUUUACCUUAAUGGUGACAAGGUGGAGGAUCCGCCAAUACUACAUUUGAUGUGGGGUCAUGGAACCGGUAUUAGAUUAGCUUGUGAAGACAUCGGUGGCAUUCGAUAGUGACAGUGAACUGAAAAUCAUUCAUGAUUACUGUGAACAUACGGAUUAGUCGCUAAAAGACGGUCUUCAAAAUAUCAGGAUAUGGCUAAAAUUACACAUCGUCCUGAUCAUCCAGACCAAACCAAACUUUAGAAGCGAUCCGGGAAGCGAUCACCAUCUUAAAACGUUUGGUACGUUCGCCAUUUGAAGACAAGCAGUACUAUCUCUCUUACCUGACACAGUCAAGUGAGUUUGUCAUAGUAGGCCUAUGCAUGGUAACCAAUCUAAUGGAUAUCGUCACAGACAUAGUCACCAACAUGGGCACGGAGCAAACUAUCACCGACGUUUACACCGACUGGUCUGCUAACGUUACAUAUUUGCCGACAAGGGCAUUCAGGACCGUGACUGAAGAAGUAACAAGCAACGAUGAUUAUCACCAAGACAGUGUCCGGUGGGUAUUUGACCCUCCUGCAAUUUCAGCUUUCUUCUUCUUCCAGGUGAUCGCUGCCAUCCUGGGGGUCGUAGGAAACACAUGUGUCUUAUUAGUGACGAGCAGAUGGAAAGCGAAGAUGAAGUCAACAACGGAUGCCUUGGUGCGUGCUCUGGCAGUUGCCGACCUCUUGACAUCCAUUCUGAUUGUACCUCACCCUUACGCCAGCUCCGUACCUAACACGAUUCUUGGCGAAUUCUACUGCAAGGUAGUCACAUCUCACAUCUUCAUGUGGACAUCUGUCGUCGCCUCGAUACUCACGUUGACUGCGAUUUCGAUCGAAAGAUACUUGGCGAUAUCACACCCUUUCUUUCACAGACGAUCAGUGACGAAAAAAGGAAUAAGAGGGUUGAUAGUGACCGUAUGGAUCCUGGCUUUUCUUCUCAAUAUCAACCCACUUUUUGUGGAGUAUGUCGAUAAAGUGUCGCACCAUUGCGUCUUUAGAUACCACCGUCGGGACUUGGCGGGAAAGAUGUUUUAUGGCGUGAUCGUUUUCGUUAUCGAAUUCAUAACACCGUCUACCAUUAUGGUGAUCACGCACGUCCUUGCCUCGCGCACACUCAACCGCGAACUUCUGCGGUUCGAGAAAAAGACCAGCCAAUCAGAAACUUUUGGGCUAUCUGAAAAGUUGGUCGUGGCAAAGAAAAGAAACAUGAAUUCACUUUUGAUAAUCUUCAUGACAUUUCUUGUUUGCUGGGCUCCUGAACAGAUAUUCGUGUUGCUUUUCAAUUUAGGAAUAAUUGACCAUUCUCAUCUCGAAAGCCAGGCAUAUUCGUACGCCGUGCUUCUAGCUUUCGUUAAUUCUUGUGCUAAUCCUAUAAUCUAUACCAUACGAUAUCCGAAGUUUAGAACUGCCAUUGCUUCAAUGUUGGCAUGCUGCAGUGGUAAGCAUGGCAAGGGAAAGGACGACAUUCCCCCUGCCAUGCCUGCUACUAUAUUCUCUCCUGACAUGACUGACAAUAAAAGGAAAGACAGCGAUAACGUUUAAAAAUAAAACAUUUCCUGACCAUAUUUGUCGAUUUCAACAAGUGUGUCGACUGGAGUGCCGACUGCUUUCUUUUAAAUCAGCAUGACAAGCGGCCCGUUUCAUUUUUAUUCUUCAAUUAUUGCAACCUUGCCGUUAUGGUUACUACCAGGGAAAACUUAAUUUUUAAUUUGUUACAACCCUGUUAUCAUCAUAGGUAAUAGAAUGCCAAAGUUGUAUACCGCAAAUCGUAUCAAGUCUUUUAUUUCAAACGGGCCUCUGAGGGUUGACGGGAUUGGAGAAUGUGACUUUUCUCAGGUAAAUAUGUUUUGUUUAAGUAUGUCAAUGUUUAUGGGAGAGAUCCUAGUGAACUAGAAGAAAAAACUGUUAUGAUGACAGUGGGCACUGCAAAAACGCUGCCUAAAAUUUUAAGCACGUCGUUUAAGCCCGUCACUCUAACCACUAUAUUGUUUAAACUUUUUAAACAACUGUUUGAAUUUUUAACAAGUUGUUUUAAAAAGUUUGAAUAAUUACAAAAAAACUGAACAAUUAGCUUUUUGCUAGAGUGACAGGCUUAAACAACAUGCUAUAUUUUUUACUGUGGAAAAGGAGCUUUUUUAAUCCAUGUCGAAGAUCUAUUUAUUUGGCAAAAAUGUACAAAAUUGUUAUAGGUUUUUAAGCCUGGCACAUCAAGCAGUUACAUAAUACUGCUGUAAAUUUACUUUUGGGUUGGUCUACUAAACCAGCGCUUCUCAACCUUUUUUUACUCGAGGACCACUUUGACUCUCUGAUUUUUUUCGAGGCCCACCAACCAAAAUUUUAAGAAAGCGAUAUGACUACUUGUCUCGACUCAAAGAUAGACAAUGAUUAUAAUGAGCAUAUAAGUGCGUAUGAAUUUCAGUAGCCCGGCCUUUGAGCCCCUCUAAACAUAUACAACCAUUACAACAUAACAACUUAAUAACAAGAAUGCUCAAUACCUUCAACAUUCGACACACAUUGCUUUAAUAUGGCUUUGCAUCACUGCCAGGCAUGAUGAAUCCAAAUUUAAUGUAUUCAGGGUCAUAUUUUCUUACAGUUACAUUCAGAGAUUUUUCAAUUUGUUUCUUCCCUAGCAAUUUUCAAAUCGUUUUAAAAAGGUCUAUUUUGAUGAAAAUACGUUUUCGUGAAUUUUGAACACAAAGCCCUAAAGCACGUUCGAAACGAACAGUUCAAGAAAUAACUGCAUUCGCAUAGGUCUGGUAAAUGGGCAACAAUUAACUAAAUUCUACACAAUAUGCAUACAUGAUGAGGUUCACAUCAAAGUUAGAUCGAAACCAUCAUAAUGUGUAUGCAUAUUGCAACAUGCAUAAAGCAUGCUUUAGCUUUUUUUGACCCACGUAGACCAAUCAAACAUUCGGGCUGUCGGACAGUUCCAGGACUGUGAAACAUAAUAGUCCCCCUCUCCAUUUUUUUUUCUUCCUCUGCAGCUUCUCGCCGCCCACCUGGGCGAGCUUCGCGGCCCACCGUUUGAGAUGCGCUGUACUUUUUGAUAGGUUAAUAGUGCUAAUUUUAGGCCUAUUUAUCGCUUGAAAAAAAAGUAAAAUGUGAUUCUGUCGUUACGCUUUUUCCCUGCUUAGGCCUACGUUCGAAAGACUUUCUCUAUUGUUUGAGGAUUGUCGACACGAAGGCCAGGGUGGCUCCAGAGAUAGCUGAGUGCCGCUAGACACCCCUACAUCCAUCCCGCCUACCCCCUUUUUUUUCUUUUUUUUUUGCUUGUUAAUUCCUUAGGGGCAACCGGUUACUCUCUUGGCCCCGUCUUACAAAGAGUUGCGAUUGAACCAAUCGCUCACAACUAUUGAAAGCCAGCAACGACAUAAUCUAAAGUACGUUUGUUCAAAAUAUUUUCUAGAUAUGAUGUAUAUUCAUACAUUCAUUGCUUUCUUGAAAAAUUCUCUAUGCUUCUUUUUUUUUACAAAGGAAAUCGUGCAAAUAUCCUGUAGAAAUAAUUAUGACAUUAAUGGAUUCCCAUAUAUAUAGUUAAGGCCAGAUCAAUCGUAAUUUUUUGUAAGACGGGGGCCCUGGUUAUUUACUGGGCCCCGUCUUACAACGAGUUACAAUUGAUCCAGUC